UGACUUCCGAGAGCUUGUUUGUUAGCUGAGCGCUCUUCCUGCGUUUGAACGCCGAUCAAAUGACAGGAAACCGUCGCUCCUUCUUCUGCUGCUGUUGCGAUUGCUAGUACCAAAGGAGAAGAAGAAGAAGAAGAAGAAGACAAAGAUUGAAGAAGACGAAGACGAGAGACCUUUCCAUCGUGAAAGACGGCCUUUCCCCUGGACCAAGUUCGGUGUGUGUGAUGUCUGCGCCUGUAGGUUUCCAACCUUGUAUGGCAUGAGAGACCAUACACUCAGUUGCUUGCCAAAAAGAUCAGUUAGAACAACGUGCUUAACUGUACAUGUUUCUGGCGAGCCAAUCUGUGAGAAGAUCCACAUUGCAUUCAAUCAAAUCAAGACGGAGCACUCAAAGAACAAACAAAGAAAAAAAGAGAAAGACACACACACACACACACUCGCACACACGAAUCACAAUAAGUUUUCGGGUGGACACUAUGAUCGAGUCAAUCAGUGGUGUUUGAGUGCAUGCCUGCUUGUGACGUGUGAUUAUUAGAUGAGUAGGAUCAUGGAAGUAACCCAGGAACCCAGGAGUUAGAUCAACACAAUGUUGACCCUGUGCUUAUGUUUGGUCUUCCUUGGAUAUAUGUUGGAAGACGCCCGCUCGGUGAUUCUCCACAAAAUCCAAGUUCCAUCCAUGGUUCUAAACGGAACCCUUCCCUAUGUGAUCCUGGACUGUCAAUAUGGCUUGAAUCAGACGGAAAAAGACGGUCUUGUCCUCAAAUGGGCGCUUAAUGGUCGAACCAUUUAUCAAUGGAUACCACCAACUCAGCCCCAAGGCCUGGGAGCGCUGAGGGGGAAAAUCAACCUUGAUUACGAUGUGAGUCCAAAUCCUUUUCAACGUCACCGAGCACUCUACUUGUACUCGCCCACCACGGAAAUGACCGGGGAUUACACUUGCAAGGUGUCCACCCUUCAGAACGAAGUGACCUUGUCCAAAAAGAUGGUAGUUUAUGAGCCGCCCAAAUUGGUAAAAUUCACUCAUCAGCGGAAUAUUUUGCAGCAGGUCAAUUUAACCUGUAUGGUGGACCACGCUUACCCCGAGCCAAGUUUGAGGAUUUUCCAUGGCUUUAGAAAUCAGAGAGUGGAACUUCGAGGCUUAGAGGAGCGCAUUGCCCAGUAUCCAAAUGGGGCUUGGCAAAAAAUGAUAAUCGCAGUGUUAUCGGAUCAAACAUUGCACAUGGAAAAUGUGUUCGAUUGCGAAAUCUCUCUACCUCAUACGGAUUUUAUCAUCAAGAAAUCGACCCUCUACUCACCAGGGCAUCUCGCGAUGAUGUCGAACUCGGGAUCGCCGUCUUCACACCAUCCAGGACUCAAAGUCUUGCAUUCUCCACCAUGGAAAGCACUCCCGGCUGUGAUCAUGAUAGUAGUUUGCCAUACUAGGGCCAUCCAUUGGUGGAUCCAGAGCCUUUUUUGGAAUCAUAACAAUCUCCCAUUUCCGUCCAGGUGAUCUAGUUGGCAAUGCGAAAUAAAUCUA